AUGAGACUUAUCAACACCAAUGUUAGCCCGGCGUCGGCCGGCAUCGUGUUGCUAGCGUCAGCGGCCGUUGUCGUGGCGCAGACGGCCACCACGUGCGAUCUUCCGUCAACGUACCGCUGGACAUCGAGCGGCCCGCUGGCGAACCCGAAGUCUGGGUGGGUCUCGCUCAAGGACUUCACCACCGUCCCCUACAAGGGCCAGAAUCUCGUGUAUGCGACGACCCACGACACGGGAUCGAACUGGGGCUCGAUGAACUUUGGCCUCUUCACGAACUGGUCUGACAUGGCCUCGGCGAGCCAGAACGCGAUGAGUGCGGGUACCGUUGCGCCCACACUCUUCUACUUUGCCCCAAAGAGCAUCUGGGUGCUCGCGUAUCAGUGGGGUCCGACGGCAUUCUCCUACAAGACGUCAAGCGAUCCCACCAAUGCGAAUGGAUGGUCAGGAACGCAGCCGCUCUUCUCCGGAAGCAUCUCCGGCUCCAGCACCGGCUGCAUCGACCAGACAGUCAUCGGUGACGACACGAACAUGUACCUGUUCUUUGCAGGAGACAAUGGGAAGAUCUACCGGGCCAGCAUGCCCAUCGGAAAUUUCCCGGGCAAUUUCGGCUCAUCAUCGACCGUGGUCCUGAGCGACUCGACCAACAGCCUAUUCGAAGGAGUUCAGGUCUACACCGUCAAGGGCCAGAACAAAUACCUCAUGAUCGUCGAGGCCAUUGGGGGGAACGGGCGGUUCUUCCGUUCCUUCACGGCCACCAGUCUGAGCGGUUCGUGGACACCGCAGGCCGCAAGCGAGAGCCAGCCCUUCGCCGGCAAGGCCAACAGUGGCGCCACCUGGACCAACGACAUCAGCCACGGCGAUCUGAUUCGCAGCGACCCCGACCAGACAAUGACCAUUGAUCCGUGCAACCUGCAGUUGCUCUACCAGGGAAAAUCCCCCAGCUCCGGCGGCGACUACGGCCAGCUGCCUUACCGGCCCGGUCUGCUGACGCUGCAGCGCUAG